AUGGGUCAUUCUUCAGAAGAGACAAUAGUAGUUAAACUAAUGGGUGUAUCUACCUUUGAUACACCUUUAACCUCGGAUGCUGCAUCAGCGGCCAAAACAAUAUCUAAACCAGCAGCCUUAUCCAAAGCUACAAUACCCGCGAAGCGUUCAACACCGAACUCUUUUAAAAAAACAUUCACAAAUGGCCUAGGGACUAAUCAUAAUCACCUUAGGAAUAACAGAGAUAGUAAAGAACAUUUAGCCGUCGUUUAUGGUGAUGAUAUUCGAAGUAAGAGUCUAGACGCUCCGCGUCCGGGAGAAAGUGAAAUGGAUAGAAUUAUAAGAGGCGCAACGCUAAGACCCGAUCAAGCAUGUUCGGAAAAAUUAUCAUCGCCUCUAGUUAGAAUCCACUCAGAGUGUUUUACGGGAGAAACCGUUCAAAGUGCAAGAUGUGAUUGUGGCGAGCAGUUGAAUGAAGCUAUUCGACUGAUCCAGUCUGAAGGACGCGGUGUUGUUAUAUACCUGAGACAAGAGGGCAGGGGGAUUGGUUUGGCAGAUAAACUCAGGUGA